UUCUUCGGUUCGCAGUACAUAUCGUCGCUUUUUCACGCGUACAUACACUCGUUAACGACAUACAUUCUUUUUCAACAAACUAUCAACUCAUUCGUUAACGUUCAAUAACAACUACAUCGAUAAUGUACGCCAAAACCUCCAUUGCCGCCCUCUUCGGCGCGAUCGUCGCCGUCUCGGCGCAAUCCACCACCCCCAGCUCCGCCGCCGCGAAGGCCACUGGCACCAUCCUCUCAGUUCUCGUCCCAGGCGCCGACAACAUGACUCUCGUGGGCUCCAUUAUCGAGGUCAAGUCAGCCCUUACGACCCUCGCCGUUACAUGCCCGUCCGGUACCGACAGCAAUGAUUGCGGCAUGCCUGAGGAAGGCAUGACGAUUACUCAGGGCCCAAAGACCGUUGUCAUGUCGACCGUUAUGCCCGAGGAAUCGGGUUCCCCCAUUGUGGUUAACUACGGAUGGGCUUGCAGCCUCGGCGGUACGACCACUGCCGAAUGUACCUACUCAGCCAUCCCUAGCGUGACUGGGUCGGUCGAUCCAUCCAUCUUGAGCGAGUAUAAUGCCCAGAUGACUGCUCAAUCGUCGACUACCAAGCUGGGCGGGGAGGAAUUGAAGUCUGUCAUGUUCCCCGUUACGAUCACGGCGGGCGCGGAGAAGCUGUCGCAAACGGGUAACGCCGAGACUUCAAGCAGUGCCUCCGGUACGAAGACGGGUAACGCUGAGGCUUCAAGCAACGUCUCUGGUUCAAAGACGGGAUCUGCAUCUUCGCCGACCGCAACCCCUGGAGCUGCAUCCAGUGUCAAGAUGGGAGGGUUCGCUCUUGGUGGCGCGCUUGCUGCAGUGUUCAUGCUAUGAGCCUAAGUACCGAAUAGAUACCCCUUCUUGUACCUAGAAUUGCGACGUAAAUAAUUACUAAUGGUAGACGGAUAUCGACUC